GACGAGGGAGCUCGCGCGGUCUUGUCGAACGUUAGUAAAGAGUAAACUCAGCGUUUGUGGUAUUUUUAGUUUUAAAUCAUUAUGUCUCUGAGUUCUGUUCGUACGACACUGUCCAGCCUGGAGUCCUGCCAGGCGGACAUCAGUACAGGGAUGGACAUUGUGACGGAUGUCGCUAUGGACCUGGCAGAAGCUCAAGGGGAGGAAAUGAGUGCUGGCGUCAAGGAGCUAGAAGCCAUGAUGCUGGAGUGUGCCAAACUGGACAGAGAGAUCAACCACUUUGUUGAUGUUGUGCAACAAGUCACGGCACAGAUUGACAGACAGCAGCCAGAAGAAUUGUUCACCUUGUCAACUAAAGUGAAGAAGGAGUUCACGGACAGAAUCGCCAGACUCUCAGAUGCAGAUCUGCAGAACCACAGGAAGGUGUUGUCCUUCAGAGAAAAUGUCAUGAACUCUGACAAACAAGCCAACAAGGAAUCAGCAGCCAACAUGGAGGAGAUCGAUGAGGACAUCGCUGUCACACAGAGUCAAGUCAACUUCACCCUGCCCACUCACCGCAGUAUCACCCAAGUGGAAAUGGUGAACCCGAUGAAGAAUAAGAAGUGUAACCACUAUUACGAUGAAAACGCCAUUGUUGAACUAAUCGAGAGAAGACGCAACCAGAAGAAGAAAUGCCGGUAA